GGAACAUGCCCAGGAUCGGUUCUCUGGGCUCUCUACUAGCCAGCUGACCAGGAAGGCCCCCCAGUGGACUGAAGCAUGAUCUCCAUCACCGAGUGGCAGAAAAUUGGCGUGGGCAUCACCGGCUUCGGCCUCUUCUUCAUCCUCUUUGGGAUACUCCUGUACUUUGACUCCGUGCUCUUGGCUUUUGGAAACUUGCUGUUCCUGACUGGCCUCUCCCUCAUCAUCGGCCUGAGGAGAACGUUUUCUUUCUUCUUCCAACGGCACAAGCUUAAGGGAACCAGCUUCUUCCUGGGGGGUGUGGCCAUUGUGCUGCUGCGUUGGCCCCUGCUGGGCAUGCUCCUGGAGGCCUAUGGGUUCGUUAGCCUCUUCAAGGGCUUUUUCCCUGUCGUCUUUGGCUUCCUGGGCAGUGCGGCUAACAUCCCCUUCCUGAGCACACUGUUCCAGAGACUUCAAAGCUCCUCCAGCUCAAUGGUCUGAAGUGCCCGAGUGAGCGCCUUGAACUUGGAUUGUUGGUGGAGGGGCUGGAAAGGAAACCGGGGCUAUCUUCAUGAGCCCCCUCCCCAAGCACUGACUUACUUCUUCCCAUCACACACGGGCAUCUCCGAGUCCAGAAGAAAGAUGGAGCUGAGUGACAGAUCUUAAACCCCCAAGUCAUCUCAAGAGGCUGCCAGGAGCACAGAUCCUGGCCAUGACACCCAGCUAGGGCUGGAUGUAAAAUUCCCACCCUGACUUUAUGCAGGAGACUGAAGAUUAAAUCCAAAAGCUGUGAAUGUA